AUGCAAUCUGUCCGAGGAGUUUGGCUGCGCGAGCACACGGAGGCUCUCCAGGCGAGCGAUUUCUAUGCUCGGCAGCUGAGCAAAGAUUCCAAGGACUCGCUUGUCGAGGCCCCUGCAUUGUCCACGGGCAUCGCGACGAGCACCCUGGCCAUCCCCGCACAGCCACCUGCCUCCUCCCGGCCCAAGGACGCUCUGGAGCCGGCAAACCUGUUGCUCGCAUCCGACAUCGAGCAGCCGAAUCAAUCGACCGGAUUUCUGGCCCUACGUUUGCCUGAGAUUGUGAGCCCGAGUCGGCUUGCUCGACAGAUAUCCGCAACAUCUGCGACAUCGGAGCACAAAUCGGCCAGCGCCAUGAGCCUGAGCCAGAUGUCUCCCAAGUCACUGCAGUCACUGCAGGUGAUCGCAGAGGAGCUGGAGAUCGGUGGGCUUCCUGGCGGCAUCAACCCCAUGCGAACGUCGACUCUCUCCUCGAGUUUGCUCACGUUUUCCUCAAUGUCGGUGACAGGGAGCUGCUGCCGCGCGCUCCUGCGCCAAUUUGUGAACUCGACACCUUUCGAGCUGUUCUUCGGCUUCCUGAUCUUUACCAACUCAGUCCUGAUCGGGGCCACGAUCCAAUGGCAAUCGCUGAACCGCACAGUGGACAUGCCGGAGCCUCUGCACGUCGUGUCCACGAUCUACAACGCACUCUUCGUUCUGGAGCUCUCUUUGCGGCUCAUUGGUCUGGGCUGCAAAGAGUUUUUCUGCACCUCCAGUAACGUCAGAUUCAACUGGUUUGACUUCGUCAUCGUGGUCUCGAUCAUGCCCGAGUUCGUCAUGCCUUUCUUUGGCAUGGAUGCAUCGAGGUGGGCAAGCAGCGGCAGCAACCUGCGGAUUCUCCGAAUUCUCCGUCUCACCCGCCUCAUCCGAGUCGUCCGAGUCCUCCGCAUUGUCCGGUUCUUCAGAUCGCUGCAGACUUUGAUCCAUUCGAUCUUGAGUACUCUGCGAGAUUUGUUUUGGGCCAUGCUCCUUCUGGUGAUGCUUAUCUACAUGUUUGCCGUGCUCUUCACGGAGGUGGCCAAUCAAGCAUUGUCCGAGCCAGGCAGCACAUCUCGCGAGGAGGAACAGAUGGAGCUUCUCAGGCUUUUCGGGGAUCUGCGGCAAACCAUCCACACGCUGUUUAUGUCCAUUGCUGGUGGCCUGUCAUGGGUUGAGGCGACGAAUGCCCUCGAGACGAUCGGCUGGACUUGGGUUUACGUGUUCACGUGCUACGUGGCUUUCUGCCUUUUUGCCGUCUUGAAUGUGAUGACAGGCGUCUUCUGCAACUCCGCCAUCAAAGGCGCGGAGAAGGACCAGGAGAUGGCGACGCAGGCGCUGAUGGUGGACAAGCAUCACCUGAAGGCAGGCUUGACGAAGCUCUUUGCUGAGAUGGAUCGGAACUGCGAUGGCACGGUGAGCUACAAAGAGUUCAAGCACUGCCUUGAGGACGAGCGUGUGAAGACCCUCUUUGAAGCGCUUGAGCUCGGUGCGGGGGAUGCGAAGCAGCUGUUCAAGAUCUUGGAUGUCAACAAGGAUGAUUCUGUCGGGAUUGAUGAGUUCCUAGAAGGCUGCACGCAAGUUCGGGGAAACGCCCGAGCCAUCGACCUCUUCACACUGAGCACCCAGACAAACAAGCUCAGAAAGCAGAUGGGUGAGAUAUGCACGCUGCAGAGGCACUUGAUGGUGAAGAUGGAGCAAAUUUCGAUGAAGAUUUGGAGUCGAUCUUUCAGUCAGUAA